CUGUACUCGGUUCUCGUAUCGUUCUAUCACAAAUUGUGAUUAUAAUAUUAAAAAAUUUAAAAUAUUAAAAAAUUUACAUUAAAAAAUGACUACGCUGCGUCCAUUCACUUGCGAUGAUCUCUUCAAAUUCAAUAAUGUCAACUUCGAUCCAUUGACAGAAACUUAUGGGCUUUCUUUUUACACACAAUAUUUGGCUAGAUGGCCUGAAUACUUCCAAGUGGCCGAAUCGCCAAGUGGUCAAAUAAUGGGUUAUAUUAUGGGAAAGGUAGAAGGACACAUGGAAAAUUGGCAUGGCCAUGUAACUGCAUUGACGGUUUCACCUGAUUAUAGGCGUCUAGGUCUGGCUGCAUUGCUGAUGAAUUUCUUAGAGGAUAUCUCUGAAAAAAAACGUGCCUACUUCGUUGAUCUAUUCGUGCGCAAGAGCAAUCAGGUGGCAAUAAAUAUGUACCAAAAUCUGGGCUAUAUAAUUUACCGCACCAUACUCGAUUACUAUGCAGGCGAACAUGACGAAGACGCUUAUGACAUGAGGAAGGCCUUAUCUAGGGACGUGGAAAAGAAAUCAAUUAUACCAUAUACACAUCCGGUACGGCUGGAAGAUUUAGAUACCAAUUAAGAUUAAAAAGCGCAUUUAUUUGCUACUUGCGAACAUUACAACAACAUAAGCAUGCCUUAACAUUAAUAAUUCAUAAAUAAACAUUACCACAAAGUCAAGCAAAUUAUUUGCAUACAUACAUACAAUAAAUAUUAUAAAUGUAUACCUUCUGACAUGUGGCUAAUUGGAUCGUGUUAACUGCUUUUGCAAUUAUUUGAAGCUGCUAAUACAUAUGUUUGUAUGUCGUUUCCAAAGUGAAUUUUUGUAGUAUGAAUGUAACUAAUUCUUAAAAAAAAAUCUAUCCACCUGUAUUGUUUGUACACCGUUGAAAACAAAGACAUGAGCUCUGCAUUUCUUUUGUUUACUACUUCUAAAAGCAGCACCCCACAACACAUUUAUUCAAUUAUCAGAUAACAGCACGCCAGCUACAUCAGGCCAAUGCAAGUCAAACUCCCACAAUCAUGGAAUAACCCGAGUGGCUUAGAAAAGCUUAAAUUUAAAUUUGCAACAUUCUAGUCUGGUGUUUUUGAGUCCUGCGAGUUCAAUAUGGUUAAAUAAUUACUUUUCUUAUUCUACAUCUGUUCUUUGAAAACGUAUUACUAUUUUUUGAUAUUGCGAAAGCUACCAGCCAG